AGUUGAAGCACUGGAGGCAUUUGAGCCCGCAGCAGCAGCAGCAGCAGCAGAGAGAUGAGCAGUUUCCCGCCGGGGUAUCGUUUCUACCCAACCGAAGAAGAAUUGAUCGGUUUCUAUCUUCGGAACAAGCUGGAGCACCGCGGAGAAGACGUGAUGGAGCAGGUCGUCCCCGUGGCUCAUGUGCACCGCUUCGAUCCAUGGCAGCUUCCUCCGAUAUCGGGAGAGCCAUGCAGGCGAGACGAGGAACAAUGGUUCUUCUUCUGCCCGAGGCAGGAGAGAGAGGCCCACGGAGGGCGACCGACCCGUAUCACGGCGUCGGGGUACUGGAAGGCCACCGGUUCUCCCACCCUCGUGUACUCCUCCAUGAACCGCGUCAUGGGUAAGAAGAGGACCAUGGUCUUCUACCGGGGAAGGGCUCCCAAUGGAACCAAGACCCAAUGGAAGAUGAACGAGUAUCGAGCACUCGAGGAAAGUGCGGCCUCCACCAUUCACUCGAGUGCAGCACAGAAGUUUCGCAGCGAGUUCACCUUGUGCCGUAUACACACCAAGUCAGGCUCCAGCAGAUCAUUCGAUCGACGUCCUUCUGAAGCCGUCGCAGCGGCUAAUACAGACGCACAGAAACCGGUUUCAGCAAAGAGGUCUUUAUCUCACGAUAGCACUUCCUCCGACGGCAAUGGCUCCCAGCGGGCCCUGCGACGACGAGGAGAGGAUGAUGCGAGGCUGGACAACGACAACUCCGAGCUGUUGCAAGACUGGUUCUGAUGGCACACAACUACGAGCUGUUCAAGAACUAUUAGCUCGUUGAAGAAAAACAAAAAAAUCAAAAAGAGAAAUGUAUUAUAGAUUAACUA